UUCAUUACGUCACGUGUUUAUAUAUGCAGCGUGGUGUAUAUACGUCUACGUAAAUACACUCUGUGCAAUCAGAAAGACGGUCUUGGUUAUAUCUCUUACUGAAAAUGACUAAAUUUUUUAUGCUCUCGUUGAAGUUUCAUUAGAAAAUUAUUAACCGAUUGAACAAAAUAUAAAAAAAAAGAAACUUUUUGUAAAGAUGGGAAGUUAUAUGAGUGUAAUUGCGUCUAUGUCUAAUACAGCAGUACAUUCUGUUUAUCGUGGUCGUAAACGAAAAUGCAUUGAAGAAGAUGAUUUUGAUUCUGAAUCGGAAUACAUCGAUCGAACACUUCAAACGCCUAAAAAGAGAAAAUUGCUUACCACCGCACAAUAUAUAUACAAGACUUUAUUCAAAGAAGAGAAAGGAAGUGAUAUAACUGUGCUCAUGUUAGGAAGAGCAUGGAGAUUACACAAAGUUUAUAUUAGUCAAAGUCCAUAUUUUGCGAGUAUGUUUUCUGGGUCUUGGAGAGAAGCGAAUGAAACUGUGAUUAGUGUUGAAAUUGCUGAUCCUAAUAUCACAUUAGACUCUCUUUUAACGGUGUUAGGAUCAUUUUAUCAAGACGAAGUCAGCUUAGAACCAAAGGAUGUCAUUUCUAUUUUAGCUACAUCCACUUUAUUUCAAUUACAAGGAUUGAUCGACCAAUGUACCGACAUUAUGAUAGAAACUACUAACAUUAAAACUGUUGUUCCAUAUUACAACGCAGCAGUUUCCUAUGGCGUACCUGCAGUUAAAGUGGCUGCUAAGAGAUGGUUGGAGGUUAAUUUAUUAGGAUACGGAUGGCUACAUCCAACAUUUUUACAAGAAAUUACUCCAGAUUUAAUGGUCGAGUUAAUCGUCAGUCCGGAUUUGGUGGCUAUGCAAACUGAAUUUUGUAUAUAUAUGAUGCUACGUGUAUGGCUUUUUGUACAUUUAAAGAACAAAGAUGAUACUAUAGAGAUUGACGAAUACUUUAGAAAUCACAAAUGGAAGGAACCUUUUUUAACAACAGAGGAAGGCAAAGAAUAUGCAAAACCUUUCAAAGCAUUAAGAAUGAAAUAUUUACUUUUACAUGAUCAAGAUGUUAAAAUUUUAUACAGCGAUAAUUUAAUACCAUCCAGUUGGUUACACGACGCAUAUAAAGAGCAAUGGUUACAUUUAUUAAGAAUCGAUGCAAGUAAAGAUAAAGGACCUAAAGAAAUCACGGAGACAGAAUUUUAUAAGGAAUGUUUUCGAUGUGGUCGAUGCGUUGAGAAACCUGGUGAACAUAUCUGGAGAUGGACAGCAUUUCAUUUUGGUCUCGAUCUCGUCGUAUGCUUAGAUGUUACAACUUUAAGAAUCAAACGAAAUCACAGAUUAGAUACGGAUCAUAUUAAGGCAAACCAUAACAAACAUAACAUUAUUCUAAAGGUAACAUUGAUUUCAUUAGAUGAACAACGCCAAAUUAAGCACAUUCAAUCUACUGGAAUGAUUAGACUAUCGUUACACAAAAAUGAAGAGAAACAGGUGUUGUCUUUGGAUAAACAAUUAACCUAUCCUUUGUACAUAUCUGUUAAUAUGCAAGUAGUAACACCAUUUUUAUCCAACGAGGAAGAAAAAUUAAAUGAUUCCAUUCUUGCAGAUACUUAGCAGUUUAAUAAAAUAAAUAAAAUACAUGAGAGAAUGAGAAUUGAAAGGUGCUUUCAAUAAUGACGAUUUUGUAAGUCUCUAAGCUUGAGGUUGAAAUACUCGAGUUCCUCUUUAAUUAAGAUUCCUCUAAUUCUUCUAACCGAUUAAUUAUAGCUAUUAAUAAUUGAGUGCUUUUUUAGAUAUUAUAAAUUUAAUAUAAUAUGUUAUUUUUCUGGACGGACCAAAGUGCUGUAUGAAUUUUUACUUGCAUUUAUACAUCGAAAUUAUAGCAUAGAUGUGUCACUCACAAGUUACUUAAAAUACUUUCCAUUAAUUAGAAAAUUUACUCAAAUAUUGAUGAAAAAAAAUUCAUAUAAUGAAAAAUUCGA